AUGCCUCUGAUCACGAGACAGUCCAUUUCUCUGACUCUGGUUGUGGUCGCUAUACUGACGCUGCUGGUCAACCCUUGUUCGGCCUCUUUGGGUGAUCACCUUCCGGACUUUAAAGAAUGCGUCCAGUUGUGCAAGACUGAGAAUUGCCAAAAUGGCAAUUCAGUGCUGCCGCUGCACCACCGAUUGCUUUUCUGGACCUGCCCAGCCGAGUGCGACUACACCUGUCAACAUGUCAUUACCGACCGCCGAGUCGCACGCGAUCCACCAAUGUUGAAUCCGGUAGUCCAAUUCCAUGGCAAGUGGCCAUUCCGCCGAAUCUUGGGGAUGCAGGAACCCUUCUCUGUGCUUUUCUCCUUCCUCAACUUCGCCGCUCACUGGCAUGGAAUGUCCCGUGUCCAAGAGUCGAUACCCGCCUGGCAUUCGAUGCGCAAAUAUUACAUGAUGUUUGGGUACAUUGGAUUGACAAGCUGGACCUUCAGUAUGAUCUUCCACACCCGCGACUUUAACAUCACGGAAAAGUUGGACUACUGGGCGGCAGGCGCGAGCGUUUUGUAUAGCCUGUACAUGGCCGUGAUUCGGAUCAUGCGCCUGGACCUUGAGCUUCCCCAGUAUCGCCCCACCCUACGGCGCCUGUGGACGGCAGUUUGCAUCUUGCUCUACACGAUGCAUGUGUGUUACCUGAGCUUCUGGUCGUGGGACUACACGUAUAACAUGGCCGCAAAUGUGGCGGUCGGGAUUAUCGGGAACUUGCUAUGGACCGGGUUCAGCAUCAUCCGAUACCGACGGCAGAUGAAGUCGUGGACAGCAUGGCCUGGUAUGAUUGUUGCCUGGAUUAUCCUUGCAAUGAGCUUGGAACUAUUUGACUUCCCACCGUGGCAUGGCUUGAUCGAUGCGCACAGCCUGUGGCAUCUGGGCACCGUGGUGCCCACCGCUUGGUGGUACUCAUUCCUCAUCAGGGAUGCGCAGGAUGACAUUGCAGGAAACCGCCUGAAGGCAUGA